UAUAAGCGCACAAGUAUGUGGUCGAGAUUACUGCUGUGCUUAUUUCUACACGCAAUAUACCGAGGAAUCUGCGCGAAGCCGUUGCCCAGGAGCCAUAACAGUGAACAUAAUGAGGUGUUGUGGAUAUGGAUCCCGGUGACAGCUUGGCUGCCCGUUCACAAGCAUGCGCUGGUUCCACGCAAUGUGCAGUCAGAAGGUACAGAGGAACGGACCGGUGGAGCUUCCUCAACCAGUUCCUUCCCAGCGGACCAACCAAUCUCGAUGGGUGUUACAGCUACAGCAGCAGGGAUCCAGCACGUGCACACUGGUGAACCUACGAGCGGCGAGAAAAAUUAUUUGCUGCAGGGGACGUCGACAUUGCCUACCGCAACAGCAAGACGUCGGCCGACCGACACUGGAAAUCUCCGUACGCAAUCGAGCCACGAUACGUCGAGAAGGUCGCACUGGACUGAAGCCCAGCAUGCAGAACUGCACGAAACAACGCUGCCAACAGUGGAUAUGUUAAUCAGUACAAGAACCCUCGAUGAACAGGUGGAAUCAAGUACCGAAACUGGUCUAGAUGACAGGCUUCAUGGCACAGCAAAGACCAACAGCGACACCUUCACCACUGUUGAAGGGGAUAAUACGCAAACAAGCCACGAUACAAUGCCAUCAAAGGUUCCAUUUGCUGAACCGGCUGAAUCACAUGCAGAAAUGCAUGCUACACUCUCAACCUUGGAACAUGCCACGACUACAAAAAACUCCAAGGUGAAAGAUGUGCGAGAUACCGACCUUGGUAUGUCCGUUACGCCGAAUAGCACCGCAGGGGCCAACGAUGACAUGCACACUACACUUGGAAGAAGGAACCCACAGGCGCACCACGAUAACGAGGCAUUCAAGGUGUCAACUGAAGGAGAGGAAGAUCUGCGUACCACACUUUCAACGUGGACUCUAUUAGUGGUCACACGAAAUGUAAUGGGAAGGAGUGCACCAAACACUGGGGCUGGCCUAACUGGAGAAACGGAUGGUCGGACGGAGGCCACUGCCAACAACAUACCCACCAAACCUGGCGGACGGAACAGACAAACACGCCACUGUACCUGGCCAGCAGUUUGCACGACAGAGGGACAUGCAGGACCGCGUGCUACACUGUUGACUUUGGUUGUAUUAGCAACCACACAAAACGUAAUAGAGGAGGAUAUACCAAACACCGAUAUUGGUCCUAACGGAACAUGGAACGGGGUGAUGGAAGUCAACGCUGGUAUGCCCACCACUGUCGAAAAACUCCACAGGAGUACUAGGGCAACGAAAGAGUCACUUAACCAAACGACUGAAGAAAAUCGCGCUAUGCUGCAGAUUACAACUGCGACAAUCAUGUACUUCACUAGCACGCAAAAUUCAAAGAAACAAGACGAAUCGAGCGCUGCUACUGGUAUGAAUGGUAUGCCAAGCGCAUCUGGAAAUAAGAGUUCGCACUUGGACACCACUACCGCGACUUUAAACAACUCACCAAACAAAACGACCACGACUGAAGAACAAGGGGAGCCGCUCACAACGACAGUGACAGCGGCGGUGUCAACGCAGGACAUAACGCAGAACACUAAGGUGCCUGAGAUACCGCAUAUGACCUCGAUUACCCCACCAAAUGAGAGCGGCCGCGUGCACACCACAGCCGAAGACCAAAAGUCAAAAGACUCUACGCCCUCUAGUGGGCCAAAUGGAACGACGACUGAUGGACUUACGGAGUUACUGAAAACGGCUGUACAGACACAGGGUCCGCCAACGAGCACACAUACCUCUAAAGAUGAGGUAUCAAAUACAGAUCCUGGCACAAUUGACAAGUCCACCCAGCGCAACAUCGUGUCCCCAGCAACCGUAGAUCAAAGCGCUCAAUUUAACAACAGCACAGCAGCUACAAAAGAAUCACGUCACACAACGACUGUAGGACAAGCGCAGGUACAGUUAACAACGGUUACAACGCAUGGUCCAACAACGAACGUACAGGUGUCUGACAGACAUGGCAAACAGAGCACACCUGAACCCGCAACGGAAACGGGCGACGGUGUAUCCACACAGAGUGACACCAGGUUCAAGAUUGCGCAGAUUCAGCAGGAACCAUACUGGGCCAGGGUCAUGUAA